GUUCAAUAGAGUCAGCUGAUCUUAAAGCACAGUCAAACUGCCAAUAUCAAGAGCAAAAAAAACAAAGUUAUAAUUAAAAAGAGUUGUGUUAAGUUGAGUUGUAUGUGGGACAGACGAAAAUUCUUGAAAUUAGGUAAUUAUUAGUGGACAAUCGAAUGAAUUCGUCGAGACGAAUUGAUAAAAAUAAUUGCAUAAAUGUAAACCCGACUCGCCGCUGACAGCCCUCCAGCGAUGCAAUGGAGGCAAAGCCCUGCGACCCCUACGAGCAGCAACUCUUCAGCGUCUUCGAGUCCUGCCUCGAGCCCGGCCACUCCCACCUCUCCCCAUCCGCCCUCCGUUCCCUCUGCGACAAGCUCCAACUGGAGGAGCGCGGUGAGGACCUAAUCACCUCCCUACUCUCCACUCACCCCCUGAAAAACCCUAAAAUCUCAUUCACAGAUUUCAAAAACGGCCUAGUCACCUUCCUCGGCAGCACCGAAUCCCCAGACUUCGAGGCGCCCCCAACAAUCACCAAUCCCCUCAAAGAAUCCCCUCCCAACUCCCCCAGGAAGCAUGGACACUGGUCAAACUCCCUAGAAUCCCAGCGACUCCGUCAAUUCUGCUACAAAUUCAACGGCACCAUGAACGGAACCCAAAACCCAGACUGUCCAGACCCAGAGACACCCCUGCUCUCGAAGCACCUGCUCGAGAGUCUCUUCGAGAAACUGGACAUGGACUGCGACGGUCUCAUAAACUUCUCAGACUUCACGAUGCUCUUCCAGAACAGUCGCAACCUCCAGGACUCCCUCAGCACAGACUUCACGAGGCUCCACUUGAACGACUCGACGCACGAGAAGAACCCCAGCAGCAUUCUGGGCCCAGAGCAGACAGGCUUCCUCGAUAAAUCAAGCGUGAUAACCCUCUGGGAGCUGGCGGGAGUCACCGACCCCAAGAACCUCCUGUCUGAUCUGGGUUUCUCCUCGUCGGAGAUCAGCCUGACUGAGCUGGUGUCGGUCCUCAAUGACGAGAUCAAGAGUCUUCAGCAUGAUUCAAUACCACCUACUGCUAGAACGCACAUGAACCUGCUGAAAGGUGCCUUAGUAAUCUACCAAGAAGAAGUUCGAUCCUUGAACACGAUCGGUGAUCAAUUGCGAGGCGAACGGGAUAAACUGCGAACGGACGUUGCAGAGGCGAACGAGCGAGCGAGUCUCCUGGCCCAAGAAAUCGAUGAGAAUCACAUAAAGCUCGAGAAAUCCCGAAAGGAGCAGAUCAAGCAAUUGGAGCUGAAGCACACAGAAGUGAUAAGAGAGCUAACCCACCAGAACAGUUCAGAACGCGAAGCCCAGUCCCUCACGAUGAAAUCCCUGAGCGAACAGGUGCAGAGCCUCCAGCAAGAGGAGCAGAGCAUCAGAUCUAAGUUGGCAAGUGCCCUGAACGAGAACCACGCCUUGGAGCUUGAGAACCAGGGACACCUGGAGCAAAUCUCCAAGCUGAAGCACUCCAACAAUCAGUUACUCCGGAAGGUCCAGAUCCUAGCAGCUGAGCACGACGAGGCAGUCCAGAACGACGAACGUGAGAACGAACAGGUGAUUUCCCUCGUCGAGAGGAUAAAGACCCUCCAGGCAGAGUCAGCCCUCCUGCGAGACCAGAACGACGAAUUGACGUCAGAGCUAGAAGCCCUGAAGAGUCGAAACAUGGAGAUGAAGAACAGAACCCUGGGCUUCUCGAAGCUAGACCUUUCCGAUGGGUCUGAAGGGCCCAACUCAGUCUGCGAUUCAGAACCCCUGGCUGACCAGGCCCCAGAGCUGAAAGAAGAGAGACAACUGGACUCUGUGGACUCACAGGGCUCCAAUGUCACUUGGCUGCAGACUGAUGAGGCGAGUAGAUUAAUCAGGGACCUGAAAACAAUUCUCGAUGACUCCAGUGUCCCACCGGAGAUGACUCUCUCCAGGCACAGGGAGAAGAUUCCAGAGCUCUUCAGUAACCUGGAGACCCUCCUCGAGGGAUUACUGAGGACUGCAGACAGUAUUAAACCAGAGAAGAAUAGUCUUAAAGACGAGGUCAACGAGUGUGAAGAACGAACCAGUGAGUCACUUCGAGAUCUGGUGAUUAAUAAAACGGAGUCGUCUAAACUAGUUAAGAGGAUAUCAACCAGCGAUGGGACGAUUAACAUCGAUAAGAACUUUAAUAACCUAGAGACGAAGGGAAAGCACAAGAGCCUGAGGGAUUAUCCCCCCAGGAAGGACGAGAGUUCCCAUUCCUCUUUGGAGGGUAAACUCGAUAGAGAGAAUUCUCUGAAGGCACCAGUGGAUCCAGCUGAAGGGGAGGACUUGGUCGAUGGGAAUGAUCUGGAGGCGAUCAGACAGGACAGGGAUCGACUGACUUCACUGUUGAAAGAACAGGAGCUGAGGCACAACAACGAAAAGCGAAUUCUUCAGGAUCAAUUGUCAGAGCUUGAGAAGUCCCUGGACUCCCUCAGGACUGAGUACUACCAGUGUGAGGACUACUGGGCUGGAAAACUGGAGGAGGAGAGACAAUUGAUAGAGCAGGAGCAGAAAAUAAGUGAUGAUAAGUUGGCUGAGUUGAUAGCAAAAAUCGCAGAGUAUGAGGAGCAGUUCAGCAUGGGAGAUAAAUCCAGAAAUGAUGGACGAUUGUCGCCCAUUGAUGAGAAGUUUAAUCUCGAGCAGCAGUACGUGGACCUCCAGGAGGAGCUUGAUGAGUUCAAAGUGAAGAGCGAGGAGGCUUUGGCUCAGAAGGACAGGGAGAUCAUGGAGCUGGAGGAGAAGGUGGCAAAGAGGGAAGUUGAGAGGACUGACAUGGCUGUUCAGACUGUCGAGCACAGAUUGGUGAGGAGAUCUGCCAGUCUCCCCAGUGGAUAUCCCCAAGUUCCUGGGGACGGUGGCACUGGAGGGACUCCUGUGAGUCCUACAGGUGCCACUAUGAAGAUUUAUCAUAAUAGUCAGAAGCUUUUCGAGCCUGGGAAGCUCAAUCAAAUAGCUGAGCACUCGAUUUCGUCUAAUGAAUUACUGUUUGUGCCCAGCAGGAUUAAUUUGGGGUGUUAUUGCCAGCAGUUUGAUAAUUAUUCUGGGAUCGAGGGGGAGAUACAGAGGCUGAUACAGAGGAAGGUUGAGGUGGAGAGUGAAUGCAGCUCUCUGGUGAAGCAGAAGGAGCUUUUGUUCAAGGAGAUUCUUGAGAUGCAGAGUCUCAAGGGGGGACAGUUCUGCUCUACUGACGUGAUAAUGAAGAAUUUGACCUCGAAACUGCAGAGCCAGGAGAAGAAGGUCAAGUCCCUGCAGGGGAUCAUCAAGCAGCAGAGGAUCUGCACUGAGAGGCUCAUGGAGAAGGUGUGGAAGCAGCACAAGAGUGAAGUGGAGGGUCUGCAGAUGAUUGUUAAGAACACUCAGGAAUCACUGCAGAAUCAGAUUCAGGUGAACUCGGGGAAUGUUGAGAGACUGGGGAAGAUCGAUAUGGUGAUGAAGGAUCUUUGGGUUGAGAAUGCCUUCUUGAAGAAGAAGCUGGAGAGGGAGGGACUCUGCGAGCAUCGCCAUGUUGUCAGCAACUGCAGCACUGAAUCAACGUCCGUAUGACCGUUUGUGCAUUAUUAUGGGGGUAAAAUUAAUUUAAUGGGGGGCGAGCGGCUCAGGGAGUAUCGUUUAUGGAUAUGUCAAUUGAGAUAUAUUUUUGUAAACAGUCUGGGGAGAUUGUUCAUUGAUGAUUAUUGAUUUCAGGGGGACGAGGGUUUUUUUUGGGUUCUGGAGUUUAAAUUUUUUGUAGGAUAAGUGUUGGGAUUUGAGAAGAACUUUUCUCAGACUUAUAUUGUUGUUAUGGAAGGUGGGGGGAUUAGCGGUGCUGAUGAAUUUAUAUUUUGUUGAGGGAGGGGGGUAAGAGGUGAAAAGAGAAAAAUUGAAUAAUUAAUAUUGUUACAGAUGGCUGGGAAGCUUUUGGAUUUAGAGAAAAAUGUUGAGAUAUUUCGAUUUUGGGAAUUACUAAAAUAGUCCUUUAGUAGUUUUCAAAAUAGUGUGACAUAGAAUUUUGGAAAACUUGGAUUUUUCAUUUAAUUUCCAAUUUAUUUGGAAAAUUGGCUUUGUAAAGAUCUUACAAAUAUAGAUUUCAGUUUGUAGAAAUGUCUAGAAAUCAGUAGCGAAGUGCUCAAAGGGUUUAAGUAGAUUUUGGCUGUCGGCCAGUUUCCAAUGCAUAUCUCGAAAUCUAAUUGAGAUAGCGAAAUUUUUUUCAUAACAUUUUUAGUAGCACUCAAUU